AUGAAGACUGCUGGCAGGAGACUCAGCGCGCUGGUGUCGUUUACGUUCAGUCCGACGGUCAUUCUUCUCCUGGCUGUGUUCCUAUUCUCAUUCUUUGUGACAAAGGCGCCUCCUGCAUCCUCCUUAAGGAUAAGGGAGUACAAGGCCUAUGGAAAGACCCAGGUGGUGCUUUUCGAGCCGAGCAUCGACCUCUCGAGCCAGUUCCACUUCAAUCUCAAGCAGAUUUUUGUGUAUGUAAGAGUCCUUUACGGAGGAAGGUCAGACAGGUCAGAGGUUAUCUGGAGCAGGAUUAUUGGAUGGAGCGAUGCCAAGAGGCUUACCGGGGUGUUUCGAAGCACAUACGACAUCGCUGGAGAUCUCACUGACAGCCCUUGCUUUGAGCUUCGUGGAUGCUACUUCCCACGUGUUGGAUGGAUUAGGGACAUUCUCUUCUGCAAGACAGAUGUCAGGGUUUAA